AUGAUAGUGCACAGAUUUGCGCGGUGCUCUAAGGAUGUCAACAGCGGGCUUCGCGUUCAGUAUAACAACGCAUUCAGGGUUUUGAUGGGGCUGUCGCGAUUCUGUAGUGUAUCAGGGAUGUUCGCGGAGUACCGUGUCGAUUGUUUUUAUGCUACAAUGCGGAAAAUGCGCAUCUCUGGUGCGGAGAGUACGUGCCAGUACCGACAGCAUCCUGAGCAUGAUUGCGGGCAGGCUGGACUGUGCACUGCAGCGACUGUUGCAAUUCAACUGGUGGACGAUAGAGAUGCCGCACACGUGUUACCAUGUCUCAGUUUGCUAGCAUUGUGGCUGCUUGAGGUGUGGUGUGCUGAUAAACCAGAGCCAGGGACCCCCGUGUCCCCUUCUAGCCGGCCGGUCUGUCCGCCGCCGCCUGCAAAUUGUACCCUAGUUGCGGUUCAUAAAAAUAAUUAUGAUUUUAAAGUAGAUGGUAAACCAAUCCAGAUAACUCAUAUAACAGAAUUGAAAGAGUUGGAAAUAGUUUGUAACGACCAACCGAUCCUGGAAAGCGAAUCGCUGCCUAGCUUCUUAGACCCCAUCACUGUGUCCACGCUAGCGUUGUACAAGUGUUAUGGACCAAGAACCUCCUAUGUGAACCUACUUUCACAACUAAACAUAUUGACUCUUGCCUCAUUAAAAUUAACAUUAGGUCGAAAAAGAGAACUAUCCUCAACUAUACUGCCGCCACUUUUUGUCGAACUCAACAUCAGCAAAUUGGUGAUUUCUGGCGCAAUACGACACCCCAUAUACCCUGAUGACGAUUUUUUCGAGACAAUAGAAGGGUUGCAGCAUAUAGAACUUCGUGGCAUCUCAUUACCACCGCUGCCGUUGUCGAAUCAGUUGAAAUCUGUGUCAGGAACUUGGGGAGAAUCUAGUGGCGAGUGGGGCGGUUGCGAGCACCUCGAAGAAAUUGGGCUUUCCCAUUGGAAAUGGAAGGAACAUGCUGCUCCAUUGCGGUGGCUUGCAGGCUGCUCGCGAUUGCAGAAAUUAGAUCUGAUGAAUGUCGACAUUCAGAAAAUACUGGACAACGGGUUCAAGUUACCGUCCGCAGUACGAACUGUUGAAAUCAGCAGAUGCAAUUACAAGACUCUUUUGAUUCCAUCAGACUUCUUCAUCGACGCUUCAAAUUUAAGUCAUGUUGACUUGACUGCGAAUAACAUGUCCAGUUUACCCAGCAAUAUAUUUACAUCUGUAGCAGCGACGUUACAAUAUCUGGCGCUAGAUGCAAACCCGCUGGGAGAUCUGUGUGAAGUAAACACGAGUGUGCUUGAUGACAAUGGCAAUUCAACCGGGAGGGUGGUACUGGAUCUACAUUUACCAGCACUACAACGGUUGUCACUGUUGGGUACCGGCGCUAUGAAGAUCUGCGCAAACUGGCCUGUCAUAUUACCCUCCCUGACAUACCUCGAUCUCUCCUAUAACUCUAUCAGUGUUUUACAAUAUGAAGUUAUACAGUGGAUGGGCUCCCGGCAUUCUGAACUGCUCUUAAAGAACAACAAAGUGAAAACAAUCAUGUACAGUAGAUCUAACUAUGAACAUCUACUUAAAGACAACUGUACGCAGAACAAUGUUACAGUAAGUAUCAGUGAACGACUCAUUUGCGACUGCCGUACAUACUGGUUUGCGAAGUCCCAGACCGCCUGUCCCAACCACGUACUAUGGCGGGACACACCUAAAUGUACUUCUGAAAAACGAGUAUCAGAAACUCCACCCGAGGGGAUGAUAUGCGAACGGUACGGUGCGAACUGUUCAGCCGGCUGCGAGUGCUUCUCUAGGGAGGAUGUUGAAGCCACUAUAGCUAACUGCACAGACUCCACCUUAGAUCGGAUACCUAAAAUCCCGCGGAUGAGCCAUCUAUAUGCAGCAUCAAACCGUAUUAAUGAGAUCAAUAGCACGGAUAUACCUGAUUCACUCAUUUUUGCAGAUCUGAAGUACAACAGCAUCUCGCACAUAUCUGCGGAGGCGGCACGCGUGCUGUUCUCCGUUAGCGAACGGCGGGUGAUGUUCGCCGGUAACUUACUGCUCUGUGACUGCGACAACAGACCACUUCUUGAUGCUUUAAAUGAGCAUCAAAACCAGGUUUUGGACUACAAUUUGACGACUUGCCUUGACGAGACCCCGCUGACAUCCGUCAAUAUAGAAGAUCUGUGCGCGUUGCCUCCACCUGCACUCCUGCUGUACAGCCUUGCCCCAGUAGUGGUGUUUCUUAUAGCAUUGUUAGUGACGUCCGGCCUUUGUUACUAUUACCGACAUGAAUUAAAGGUACAGCUGUACGCACGUGGCGUCUGCAUGUGUUGGGUGCGGGAAGAUGAAUUGGACCGUGACAAGGUGUUUGACGCGUUCGUUUCGUUCUCACACGACGACAAACAGUUCGUUCACCAGAUCCUGGCUGUGGAGCUUGAACGAGAACCGUACGGCUUCAAGCUGUGCAUCCACUCCCGCGACUGGGUGCUCGGUGAGUGGAUUCCGACGCAGAUCGCAGCUUCGGUGGAGCAAUCGCGGCGAACUAUUAUAGUGCUGUCCCGCAGCUUUCUUAGCUCAGUAUGGGGCCGGCUAGAGUUCCGAACGGCACACAUAAACGCCAUGCAGGAGGGACGGGCCCGGGUUAUCAUAAUUUUGCUAGAGGAGGUACAAGAUCACGAAGAAUUGGAUGGAGAGUUAAAAGCGUAUCUCGCCUCGAAUACAUAUGUGAAGUGGGGUGAUCCAUACUUUUGGGAUAAGCUGAGGUACGCUCUGCCUCACCGACGUGGUGAGAUGAGGGCUCGUAGAGCUGGUGAAGAGGUGGCACGGGACCUGUUUCACAUAAUGUCGCAAACGGCUAUCAGGAAUGAGGACCCUGGGCGGACCGUGGUUCCAACCGCUGCACUGCCGGCCCCGCAGAUGUUAUGCAUCGAAGCUGCACCGGCGAUAGUUGCAGAAGAAAUUUCGAACUGAUUUUUUUGAUAACUU